GUGGCAGUAGUAAGAAGAAGAGCCAGCUAGAUCUCCGAAACACUGUCGAGAUGACUGUUAUCCAGCUCUAGAGCCCACACUAUUUUGCGUCCAAUUAUCAUCUUUUGACGCGCUGAUACCAGGACCUUGUUUCUUUCAAACUAUCAUCGCCAUCACUCUCCGUCCACCAGUCUCAUAUUCGUCGCCAUGGAAGAUCCAAUGUCCAAAAUGGACAAAGUCACGCCAGACGGAGGUAUCCUAAAAAUCCUUCUACGAGACGGCGAUAAGACAAAGCCGAGACCGCAGUGGGUUCGCGGGGCAAAUGCCCGCUUCCACUAUCAAGUCUACACUUAUGGGAAACCUAUGAAGGAAUCUUCACCUCAAGGUUCCGGACAUGACCAUAGUGCAAAGUCGGGCCACACACAUGGAAAUGGACCAUGCUGCUCCCACACCCGUACCGCAACAAAGGAUGUUGAAGUGAGUGCAAACAGAGAGUUCCCUCAACCGAAACGGAAAAAAGUCGGGGAUUCACGCGAAGAUGAUCCAGAGAGGCCUUUUGAGCUUCGGAUUGGAUUCAGUUUUUCAGUCAAAGCCAUGGAAAUGUGUGUGAAAACAAUGACUGUGGGCGAACGGUCAAGAUUUCUUUGCAUGCCAGAGUAUUGUGAAGGUUAUGUACAACUGGCCAAGGUCUUGAAGCAAGAGAGGGAAAACCGGAACAAGGCGAAGCAAGGUCUACCCACAUCCAGAGUACACGGAUGCUGCGCUCAUGCUCUCCAUCAGGAGAUGGAGUCGCAAAGCGACCUUGCGGAGCUGUACAAUGUUCCACUCGAGUUUGAAAUUGAGCUCGUCGACGUGCAGUCUCCCGACUCGUAUGUCCGAGAACCGUGGGAGAUGGAAACCAUCGAUAAGUACCGUGAAGCGCCAAUACGGAAGGAGGAGGGUGGCAAGCUCUACAAGGAAGGAAGAUACCCACAAGCAUUGGAGAAGUACACGCGAGCGCUUGCACUACUGGAAAGCGUAUCAAUGAGUUCGACGGUGAUGGACAUGCAAAGAGCACAGGUGGCUGAUGGAAAGAAAUCUCGGCAAUCAGCAGACCUUGAGUCUGACAGUCAAACGGAAGAUACCAAGUCUGAGGUCGACAAUGAAAUCAAUCUUGACACUCUCAAUGCUUUGAUGCAGGCAUGCAGACUAAACUAUGCUGCCUGCAAACUCAAACUGGGGGAUCCCGAAUCGGUAAUACCGCAGUGCACCGAAGUCCUCAAGCAGGAUCCUACCAAUGUCAAGGCGCUAUUUCGGCGAGGACAAGCUUUUUUGCAGAUAGGGAGGGACCUUGACCUUGCGCAACAUGAUUUCGAAAAAUUGAGGAACAUACUAGAAGCGGGCAACUAUGCAAAGGCAGGACCUGAAUUUACCGAGCUCCGAAAAGAGGAGCAAUUGCUAGAAACAAAGCUUAGAGCUCAUCGUGAAAAGGAAAGAAGAAUGUUCUCUAACAUAUUUAAGUGAGCCAAAUACAUUCACUGUACAUACGCAAACAUAAUGCAAAUUAACAUUUUUGAACGUCCGUCACGUUUCUAGUAAGUCAUGAUAUCCAUACGCGGCUACUCCAUGCAUGUAAAUCCCCAUGAGAAUACCGGCAGCCGCUUGGGAUACUGGAUCCUUGAAGCGCGUGAAGAACGCAAGAAAAUAAAAUAU